GGAUGACGUAUUGGGGCUUGUGUUUUGGCGGGCUAUGCGAACCUGUUUGGCGCCAGCUGACAGCUGAGUUCUCGGAAAUUUCCGCUGCGUGUUUCCAGCUUCUUGUCUUCUCCAGCAAAAGUUGGUUGACGUUGCGUCUGGAACUUUAUUCAUACCUCUUAUCCAAACACCCCCACAUACUUCAAGUUAAAAGUAGGAUGAUGCUCGGAGCUGCAGCUAUGCUCGAGAAUGGACAAGACGUUUGCAACGUUGACUUGGUGACCAAACGGAGAAAGGGGCAGAUCCAGGUCAUCUUUGGACCAAUGUUCUCUGGAAAGACGACUGAGCUUGUACGGAGGAUUCAGCGAUACAAAUUAGCCAAACAGAGUUGUGUCCUGAUAAAAUAUGCCCGAGACAACCGGUACGACAAAGAUGGCAUAGCCACUCACGACAGGCAUGUGACUGCUGCUGUGGCGACCACCAAAUUAUACAAUAUCAAAGAUGCCGUGAUGCCUUCCCAGGUGAUCGGGAUUGAUGAAGGCCAGUUUUUCCCAGAUGUUGUUCCUUUCUGUGAUGAAAUGGCAAAUCAAGGCAAGACUGUUAUUGUGGCUGCUCUGGAUGGAACCUUUCAAAAAAAGGGGUUUGGUGACAUCCUGAACCUUGUUCCUCUGGCUGAGAGUGUCAUCAAACUACAGGCAGUCUGUAUGAGCUGCUACAACCAGGCAUCAUAUACUAAAAGACUGGGACAGGAAACAAAGGUUGAAGUGAUAGGCGGGUGUGAGAAGUACAUGGCUGUGUGUCGAGACUGCCACCAGCUGUCCCCCAGUAAGAUAGUUCAGAAGGAACUUGUGGCCUCCGAGACACCUGCAGGAAGGGACAGACAGACUGGGAACAGUAUGUGUCGCCAGCUGUUCCAGUCUGGGGAUCAAGGGAUUUGAGUUCUCAUACAUCUGAUUCUGAAGUACUCUAAACUUAAGCCUUGUUCAUGUGAAGUCACCCAAACCGCGAUUCGGGUAACUCACAUUCCUCACAUCUGGUCCACGUGCCAUACAUUCCUUUUAAAAC